AUGAGGAUCAGCCAAAAGAUCCAGCAGUCCGCAAAGGAGGACAAGGUCUGGUGGUCCUUUGAAUACUUUCCACCUAGAACAGCCCAGGGCCUCCAAAAUCUUCUGGAUCGUAUAGAGCGUAUGCGAGCUCUGGGUCCCGAAUUCAUAGACAUUACCUGGAAUGCUGGCGGUAGAACCUCAGACCUCACCUCUGAGAUGGUCAAAACAUGCCAGGGCUUGAUUGGAAUAGAGACCUGCAUGCACUUGACAUGCACCAAUAUGCCCCGCGAAAAGGUCGACACUGCUCUCAAGGAAGCGAAAGAGCACGGCUGUCGCAACAUCCUCGCCCUACGUGGCGACCCCCCCAUGGGAAAAGACGAGUGGGAGGCUGUUGAAGGUGGUUUCGUCCACGGUAUCGAUCUGGUGAGGCACAUCCGCAAGCACUAUGGCGAUUACUUCGACAUCGCCGUCCCUGGUUUCCCUCAACACAUGCUCCUUCCCCCAGAAGAACGCGACAACGAAAUUCGCUGGCUCAAGGAAAAGAUUGACGAGGGUGUCAAUUUUAUCUUCACCCAGAUGUUCUUCGACGUCGAUAUCUUCAUCAGCUGGGUCAAGGCCGUCCGUGCUGCUGGUAUCACCAUCCCCAUCGUCCCCGGUAUCAUGCCCAUUCAAACCUGGAACGGAUUCAUCAAAGCCACCAACCUCGCCUCGACCAAGAUCCCCCAGUUCUUCCUCGACGCUUUGGAGCCUGUCAAGAGUGACGACGAAAAGGUCAGAGAAGUCGGCACCAAACUCGUCGCCGAUAUGUGCAGGAAGAUCCUCGACUCCGGCCUAGGCAUUCGGGGUUUGCAUUUCUACACCAUGAAUUUGGAGAAGGGCACAAGGAUGCUGCUGGAGGAGCUAAACCUUGUUCCCCGGAUCGAGACCAUCAAACCACUCCCAUGGAGGCAGUGCCUCACUCCCAACAGACGUAAUGAGACCAUUCGACCAAUUUUCUGGGCCAACCGCACCAAAUCCUACAUUUCCAGAACUGAAAACUGGGAUGAAUACCCUAACGGUCGUUUCGGUGAUUCUAGAUCCCCAGCUUAUGGAGAAAUUGAUGGAUAUGGUACUGCGAUCAAGCAAACGAAAGAGAACGCGUUGAAACUCUGGGGUUAUCCCACAACUCUGGAGGAGGUCUCUGUACUCUUUGCCAAGUUCUGCAAGGGCGAGUUGGAUGCACUGCCAUGGUCGGAUUCGGCACCGUCGAAGGAAACCUCCAUCAUCGCGACUCAAUUGGCGAAGAUGAACGAGCUUGGGUUCCUCACGAUCAACUCUCAACCCGCCGUCAACGGUGCACGCAGCGAUGACAAGAUUUUCGGUUGGGGCCCUAGCAAUGGCUACGUUUACCAGAAGGCAUACCUCGAGUUCUUUGUCGACCCCGCUCUUCUCCAGUUGCUCCUCAAGCACUUGGAGCGCGACACCAACAUAACUUAUCAUGUUAUUAAUAAACGCGGCGAUCUGCAGACCAACACGCACUCGGAAGGACCGAACGCUGUGACAUGGGGUGUCUUCCCUGGGAAGGAGAUCAUCCAGCCUACCAUCGUCGAGGCUAUCAGUUUCAUGGCUUGGAAGGACGAGGCCUACGAACUUGGUGCACAAUGGGCCCGACUCUACGAGCACGACUCGCCUUCGCAGAAGCUGAUCCUCAACCUCAUGGAAAACUACGCCCUCGUCAAUGUUGUGCAUAACGAUUUCCACAACCCCGAUGCCAUUUUCGAGCCUUUCUGGAAAGCUGGCGCCGAAUGGACUGCGUUGAAAAAGGCUGAACAGGGCGAUGCGGCUCCUUCCGCCCCCGUCGCUAACGGCGUGGUGAACGGGCACUAA